UUUUAUAUUUCUUAUGGCUUCUUCUUCCUCCUCUUCUUCAUUUCCAAACAUAUAUUCAUGGAUCCAAAACCUCCCACCAAUCCACCAAUGGGAAACCCCUUCCAAAUCCAUCAACCUCUGCCCUUCCUCCUCAACCCACCCCUCUCUCAACCUCUCCCUCUCCACCCUCACAAACUCCAAAAUUUCUCUCUCCAUAACCGCCAAUUACAACAUCCCAAUCCCUAUAUGGACAUCCAAAAAAAUCACACCAAACCCUACCUCCAAAACCCUCAUCGACCGCGACGGUAGCAGUACCGGCACCAGCAGUACUGCCCCCGUCGCGGCUAUGCUCUGCAACUUCAUCGAGGACUUGCUCCGCUACUGCUCCACCAGGAGCGGAGCCUCGUCCUCGGUCCGCCUGCCGCGGGGCUACCCGCGGCAGGACCGCAUCGCCGAGACCUUCAACGCGGCCUUCCUCGGCCUGAGCUUCGUAGUCUGCAUCUACGAAGCCCCGGCCGACCUCCGGGGCGCGUGCCUACACUCGCUCAAGGAGCAGCUCGCGCGCCCCGAGACGAGGGAGGCGUCGAAGACGCUGAUGCGGCAGAUGGGGUCCGGGGUUGAGGAGCGGUGGAUGCGGUCGAUGAAUCUCGCCAUCACGAACUGGGCGGCUGAGAUGCAGGCUGCGAGGGCGUCUCCGGUGGAGACGCCCUCGCAGCUGUUCUCCUACAGCUUCUCGAUGGUCGGGCUGUUGAAGGUGCAGCUGUACUGCCCUAUCAUAGCCAUGACCAUCGUGAAGGCGAGCGGGCCGUCGCCAGACGACCGGCUCGCCUUCUCGCUGAAUUAUCAUCAGCUGGAGGGAGUCAUACAGCUUAAUCAUAGGGUCUCGGUUCAUGAGAAGUGGAUCGAGAUCAAGGUGAAUACCGAUAAUAUAAGAUGUGAUGUUGUGAAGCUCUUAACGGACACCCUAAUGAGCGAGCGCGGCGCGGGGCCGUCGGAGAAGCACUUCCCGUCGCGCAUCGCUCUCCAGAUGACCCCGAUGCAGCAGGCGAGCGUGAUCAGCGUGUCGGUGGGCAAGUCUUCGGAGAACGCGGCCAGGGAGAUCGGCGUGGAGAAAGGGAUCGAGGCCUCGUUCGAGCCCCCGACCGGGAUAGGGCUCCACUUCUCGGCGGGGGAGAGCUACACGACGAGCCUGCGGCCGUGGAAGUUCGAGCCGUCGGUGUACGGGAACACGGCCAACUUGAACUGGUUCCUCCACGACAGCGAGGACGGGAGGGAGGUGUUCUCGUCGAGGCCGUCCAAGCUGGCGCUGCUCCACCCGAAGGCGUGGUUCAAGAACCGGUACUCGAAUGUGAACCGGCCGUUUACGAGGCAGGGAGGGGUGAUAUUCGCGGGAGAUGAGUAUGGGGAGAGUGUGAGUUGGAAGGUGGAGAAAGGGUGUUUGGGAGGGGUGAUGGAGUGGGAGAUUAAGGGCUGGAUUUGGUUGACUUAUUGGCCUAAUAAGCAUAGGACUUUUUAUACUGAGACUAAGAGGUUGGAGUUUAGAGAGGUCUUGCAAAUUACUCUCAUUUAGAUUUAUAUAGUACAUUAUUUGUGUUUGAUUGAUUUUACUAAGGUUAAUUUGGGGAUUUUUUUUAAUGUUUGGUUGGUGGAAUUAGUUCUUAAUUUAGUGGUGGAUGCGCUCGAAAUUGGAACUAUUUGUUUUCGUUAGCUUUGGUUGAAUUCGAAUCUGAAUAGUCAAAUUUCAAGUAUUUAAUCGUUGGGUAUUAUUCGUUGUUUUUUGUGACAAUGUAUAUUCGAAUCUCUUGUGAUUUUGGAUAGAAUAUUUAAUUUUAACAAUAUACUA